AUGUCGUUACAGUUCUUGCCGUAUGAUCUUCUAUUCAAUAUCGCCCAGGAUCUUGAAAUCGAUGAUGUGCACAAUCUCCAGGCGGUCAGUACCCAUGACUUACUGGCUAGAUCCAGGCCACUUCCUCUCCACUCCUUCCAGCGCCUCUCUGAUCUUUCAACACCCGCGCUCAUUGCCGCUGUCGACCGUGCACGAGGUUUUGAGAAGGCGUGGGCAAUCCGCGCCCCUCGACCGGCUCGCCCAAAUCCCUACUACGGAAACCAGUGGUACAUCACUAUCAGCGUACCUUCUCAUGAGGAGAUCGAUUGGUUAUCUCCCAUCACCAGCAGCUACACACUCUGUGCGACUAAGAGCGGCCGUGUCUUAUGCUGGGAUGUGAGGAGGGAUAUCUGCCUUGCUGAGUGGGACCCGAGAGGGGAUGAAGAUGAAGACGAGGACGACGAGGAUAAAUGGGAGUUAUGGAAAUGUCGUGUCGAAUUCGAAGAGCGCACAGUAUAUUUCACCAUGGCCAGGGUUCUCAAGGGGUUGCCAGUUUUUCAUUUUCUUUGA